UCAAUGUUAGCGCGAAAAUAGUAACAUCGACAAUGUUUGGGUGACGGCCUGUAGCCAUCUUUAAAUUUGUGUAAAAAUAAUCGUUAAUUUUGAAUUGAAAAUUAGUAUUAUAUGAUUGCUAAUAGAUAUAGAGGCAAAUAAGGAACAUAAUUGAUGUUGUUGUAUUGGCUCAUUUCAGGCAUACUGGUCAUUUUUAAUUUUUUAAUUCAGUAGUGUUUGGCAAUCGGCGGAUUUCUGUUUUUCCGCAGACGUAGGACACAUCGGGGCAGAUGGCGUUUAAGAAUUUAUCGACAUUCUGAUACUUUGAAGUCCAGUGGCAAUCAGCUAAAAUGGAGCGGAGGAAAAUUUGCAUAUUCUGUAACCUGGAUGAGGAAAAUGAGCUGUUAUAUGGGAAGAUUUACAAUCUGGACAAUGACAUAGUGACACAUUACUAUUGUCUUCUUUUGUCCUCAAACAUGGAGCAAAAUGGCGGAGACAAUGAUGGAAUCCUGGGUUUUCUGAGAGAGGACAUUUUGAAAGAGUACAGGAGAGGGAGGCGUCUGACCUGCUGGUAUUGCAAGAGGUCAGGGGCAACAUUGGGCUGUUGUGCGUCUCGGUGUAAGAAGGUGUUUCACUUGCCAUGUGGGCGCCGGUCAGGAUCCUUGCAUCAAUUCUUUGGACAGUUCAAGUCAUUCUGUUCUGUGCACAGGCCAGUCCAGAAGAUUGACCCUCGGGUUUUGAUGGAAGUGAAGAGCAGAGAGGCUACUUGUGCCAUAUGCUAUGACAGCAUCCAACCCACAAGCUGCCCAUCAACUCUGUGGGCUCCAUGCUGUCGCAUCAAUGCCUGGUUCCACAGAGACUGUGUGCAGAAGCUAGCAAUAAGUGCUGGCUACUUUUUUAAAUGCCCUCUCUGUAACAACAAGUCUACAUUCCAGAAAGCAAUGUUAGACUUUGGUAUUUAUAUUCCAGAACAAGAUGCUUCAUGGGAAUUGGUUCCAAACGCUUUCCAAGAACUUCUGCAUCGGCAUAAUCGCUGUGAUGCCAAACAGUGUCUUUGCCCGAAGGGCCGUGUUCAUGAAAUGACUGGCACCCGCUGGGAGCUGGUACUUUGUAAGUAUUGUGGCUCACAGGGAAUUCACAUUGGUUGUGGUCUCUUAAAGUGGGUGAAUCCUGAGUGGGUAUGUGAUGAAUGUAAUACAAUGCUUGAGCAGGCGCAAAGGCAGGACGAUACAGACAGUGAAGAAGAAACUGCCCCGUCACCUAGCUCUUUCAACCAGCCUGCUCCCAAACGAAAACGGCGGUAUUAUAGAGGUUUCGGAGGGCCACGGAGGUCAAGGUGCCGUAAUGACAGAGCAAUUGCUUCAUCAUCAGAUCCUCUCCCUUCCUCAUCCCAAAAUCUGGAAACACCUGACAGUCAGUCUGUGACAUGCGAUCCUGAGUCUCCUCCUUCCCCAUUUGCAGUGAUAGAGAUCAGUGAUGAUGAUGAUGUUGUAGAGAUUCUUGAUGAAAAUGAACCUCCAAGCAAGAGGUCCACACAAGAUAACAGCGGUAUGGUUUUGUCUUCUGAUGGCGUAGCUAUUCCGGUGGUCAAAGUAACAAGCAUUCCAGCUGCUAGUGAUGGACAAAAUAUCUGUGUGGUGGGUGGUUUGAAUGUGGCUGUAGCUGACCACUUAAGUAAUGUGCAGCGAGCUGGAAUACAGCAAGUCACACAGACACAUUCUGUGUCUGCAGUGUCGCAGCUUCCUACUUCGAACACAGGACAUGUCAGUAGAUCAGGGACCAACUUCUCUGGUUCUUCAGUUGACAAACGUUCUAAUAAGCCCUUAAGUUCCUCUUCAGCUGGCUGUUAUAGCAGUCAGUCUUAUGGUUCUGCUUCUGCUUCGGGACUAGCCACUGCAGGAGGGAGCAUGCUGGAGUCCUACCUGAUUGAGGGUGGCAGUAAGCGACAGCCAUACACCAGCCAAGUUUCAUCUGUAGUGCAAGACACAGAUGCUGAGCCGCUCGUUGGAACUGCGUCAGGACUUGCCAACAGCAGGCAGGCCCAGAACCCAGUCUGCAAUUCCAGCAUACAGCAUCCAGCAGCUGGAACAGCAUACUGCAGUGCAGCAGUCCCAUCCUCAAGGAGUCUACAUAAUCGACCUUACAGAGCCAGAAGUAACAGACAGCAAAACAGUACCAGUGCUAGCACCGGCAUACCAUCACAGCGAGAAUCCCGACAUACCGUUGAUCGAGUAAUGUCUAGAAGCAGGGUGCUUAAUAACAACUUACAGUUCAGAGUUACAGGUCCCGAUACAUUGCAGGUGGUGUUCUUCAAUCGCUACAUUGUAACAGUUGGUCUUCAGCUUCCCCACAGCUCAAGGCGACGUCAGAAGUGCACAAAAGGAUCUGUAUCGAUUGUCCCGCAGAGUGAGACUGCAGCCACUUCUGACAGGUUCCUCAGAUAGGGUGUGAUGUGAACCAGACUGAUAUUAAAGUGAUGAUAAUCUUCUCAGGCAACAAAUCAGAUAUUUAUGUGCACAGUGGCAACAGACUGACACUUCACAGGAUUGGCAUUGGAACACACUGAACUUCAACCCAUCAGGUAAUGGGAUUGAGAGUGAAUCUGUUAAAUAUGUUAUACUGAAAAAUGUUUCAAUUCUUAGAAAUCAUUGUUAGCUGUAUGAUACAGAAUGUUUUGUCAAAAUUUGGUAGUUAAUCCACUGAUAAAUUCUCUGUCGUUAUGGAACCUGAAGGUUUAUUUCAAUGUUACCAAACAGGCGGAUGUAUAGAACUAUCAGGAGAUGCUGAUUCUAAAUCUUAGCCUGGUGGGUCUCCCCCUCCAUAGUUGCUCCAAGGAAAUGCGAAGCUAACACCUCACAUCAUGUAUAUUUCCUUCAGAAUCGUUUCUAAUCCAUCAAUCAUCUGGUCAUUUGACACUAUAUAAUCCAGGAUUCUGCUGGUGUGUUAAAUCCUCCAAAAUCUCCCUUUUCCAGUCCAAACCCACUGCAGAUUCUAAGUGGAUCUGUUUUCUGUACUUACUCCUUUGCGCUCUGGCUAAAAUCGUUGGACUCCUUUACAACAGAAGCCCAUUCUCCUCUUGUUAUUUACCUUUUGCCCCUGUAUUUUCACUUUCAGCUACCUAAAGUCAUCUUCAUCCAUCUCAGUCAGGAUCUUCAUACAUUUCUUCUGCUGUGUGGCAUAAUUUAAAAAAUUGUCUUAAGUCACCCUUGUUUCAUUCACUAAUCACUCACCCCAACUGGUCACAUACAUUGUGCCAGGAAUAAGAUGGGAUAUAAAUUAAUUUGAUUUGUAUCAUCUUUAUGGAGUCGGGGUAGUUUAGUCAGGAUAGUGACUAGGCUACAAGCUGGUCAGUUGAGUCAAGGUUCAAGUCCCAGCAGGGGCAAGGGCUUUAGUCUUCUCCACAGCAUCCAGACCAGCUUUGCGGCCCACCGAACUUCCUGUUUGGUGGGUAAUGGGGUUGAGCAGCAGGGCCAUUAACCUGACCACUUCUCUUCCCACUCUAGUGUGGAGAUUAAGAAUAGUGAAGCCGUUUCUCCACUUCAUCAUACAUCUUCAUGUUGUGCAGCUUAAUUAAAGCACAGGGAUAACUUUACCAUUUUUACGUUUUGAAAUGCAUGUCAAAAAAAUACUUGAUAAAAUUUUUUAGAUAUGAAUGAAAUGUAUAUUACAUUCUAUACAAAUGUUUGUAUGAUCAGUUUUUGUGAUAAAGUGGAUAUUUUGACUUUAGCUUCACACAAGGCUUGGUUCUGGAUCAGUACGGAUUGAAACCAAAAAUGGAAGGGGCUAAGUGGAACUGGGAUUCUGACAGCAGUGAGUAUGAAUCCUGCUGCCUUCUGGGAAGUGAUUCUCUGUAAUCUGGUUGUUCCACCACAUUGGUAACAAUUACCAGAUUGCAUAGCAUCACAUCCCAAAAAACAGUAACCUUCAUGGAAAUGGUUUUGAAAGAAUAUACUUGACACAUCACCUACACUGUUAUCUUCACUGCUGGCAGUUUUAUUGUGGGGUUGUUUCAGUUUAAAACCAAACUAUGUCCUAUAGUUGGCAUUCCUUUUGUUUUCCAGUGAUUUCUCUUUUCAGUUUUGAGUCUCUGCAUUAUUCUGUUGUGAUCUGAUGAUUAUCUGACUGAUGAAUCAUCAAUGCAAUUGAAAGAGUUAGUGCUUGAUACGGUGAGAAGCCAACAUUACAAGUAGGAUGCCAAAGCAUGUCAGGAUUAUAGGAAUACAUUUCUACCAUACUUUCCAUUUGUAUUUUGCAAUUUAUAGAAUGUCCAUGCAGUGUGCCUCUAUACACAGCCAAAAAGGAAACAACUAGACUUCACAACAAUGCAGAGUCAUAACAAGCUAAAAAAAGGAAGCAUCACUGUGUGGACCUAUGAGGAUGCCAAAUAAUACCCAAACUUUCCAUUUUAACAGAAGAGGCACAAGGACACAAACCACAUCGGUUCAAGAUCUUAAAUAUUAGAAAUUAAUAAAGAUUUUUAAUCUAAAUAAUUGUAAAUAACUUUCUAUAUAAUAGCCUCUAAGUAUGUAUUAUGAGCUCUGUAAUAGCAGUUCCUAACAUGUUGAUCUCAUGCCAUCUGAAGAUUGUCACAGCUGACCAAAACAUGUAAAGACAGUAAAUAUCUACAAAUGGAAUUACACUGGACCAUAUUAUCAAUUAUUCUAUUAUUUAGUUUACUAGUGUGACAGACCAGAAUGAAUAAAGUUAAGUAUGUAAAUAAUUUGAGAUAUGAACUUGGUAUCUUCAAAACAGUAUUAAGAUUAGUUUCCUACUUCCUGUCUUGAUAAGUCAGUCUUCCAUUUGUAACUUGCUGUGUUCAUAUGUAUUUUGCAUGACACUGCAGAGAAAUGUGAGGAUAUUUCAUGUGUGUUGUGCAUAAAUCACAGCACAUACUGUUGGUGUAAGGAGAACAUAAAGAAAAGUAGAUACAGUUACUCUUUGAGUAUCUGUGGUAAUAGAGGGUAGAAGUAAAGGUAAAGACGGUUAAGUUGUCCCUGUGCUUGUGCUUAAUUGACCAAGUACUACGCCACAAAGGUGUAUGGGAGAGUGGAUGUAUAGCUCAGCAUAUUCUUGACCUCAGCACUAGUUGGAGGUGAGUGGUCAGCUCCAUGGCAUGGCCACUUUACCACCUGGAAAAGCCCAAUGUACCCAUUGCAUAGGAGGUUGAGUGCGCCCCACAACUGGUCUGAAUGAUGUGAAGAAAAAAUUCUUGAUCCUAUUGGGACUUGGACUUCAGCCAUCCAGCCCGUACCCAGUCACUAUCCCAGCUCGUAGAGGGUAGUAGCAGCAUGGAUAAUUAAAAAGAACAGAUAAUCGAAAAAUCUGAAGGUAUGCACUACCAUGCAGAAGUCAACCUUAAUAAAUUCAUUUAUUACAUACUGGCCGUUAUGUUUUUCCCCUAAGUAUCGAGACAAAUAUCUUUCCAAUAGAAGAAAGCAUUCCUUGUUCGGUGGUGCUAAGCCAGUGUGAACAGCAGUAGAAUAACAAAACAGAACAUUGAAAUGUGGCGAGAAGAUUUGCAGUCCAAUGCGUAUCACUGUAAAGCAUCAUCCAUACAUAAUACUGAAAAAUCAUUAUGGGAAGCUAUAAUCAAUACCUAAGGCAUUUUGAUUCACACAUGGAUAAUAAUAUAUCUUCUGUGCUGUCCUCCAGUGAAGAAAGAGCAAGUGGUGGAUAGAACUGUUUGACCUUGACUUUUCUGAUGUUCAUUUAGGGACAUAUUGAGCCUGAGUGUAGCAACAGCAAAAAUCAUCUGAAAAUUGCACUGAAGUUUCCAGCCUCUACAGUACAGAGGGGUACUGGUAAUUAAUUACCUUGCCUUCCCUUGGAGAAUAGUAAUAAAGUGCUUCAAGAAUUUCAGAGCAGUGCAUUUCAGAAUCACGUUUUUUUUUUCUGGAAGACAUAAGAGUGUAUGUUGGCUGCUGUCUGAUUAAUCUCUAUUAACAAUGAUCCAUUUCUUAGUGUUAAUUUAUUAUUUGUAACUGCUUCAUAGUAAAUUUAACCUAUGCAGAAGGUAGGGAAGAACAAAAUAUUGUAAAUACUUCUUUCCUAUCCAGUGGCAAGUAUGGAGUAUGAUGUAAUGAUAAUGUAUGUGAUGUACAUUCAGGAGGUAUCUCAUUUGGAUCUUGUCUGCAUCACUCAUUAUCCUGAGCUUUCCUUAGUCCUUUCUGAUAUGCACUCCGCAUAUUAGGGUAGUGGUAUUCUCUAUACUUUUGUGUUAUGAUAUAUAGUUCAAAUUCUGGUUAUGUUCACUGAAGUGUUCUUAGUGACUCCAAGAAAAUGCUUGGAUAAUGCCUUGAAAUGAGCUGCCGUUGCCUCCUUUCAAACUGUUACCUGUUAACCAUUCAUCAGCAUCUUUCAAUCUCAUUUGUCACUGUAACCUUUGUGGUUGAAAUGGCAUCAUUAAAUAGCAAAUGAAUCUUACACUGUGUAACAGGUUAUUCAACUUGGUGUCUUGAAUUUAUAGUGAGUAUAUACAGUGUACUGAAAGCCAGGAUAGCUCAGUUGGUAUAGUGAAAGGCUAGGCUGGACAUAAGAAUUGAUUUCUGGCAGCGGUGAGAUUUCUUUCUCUACAGCAGCCCUGUCCAACGUGGCGCCCUCCGUAACCACAUAUAAUUGAGCCGAUUUUUAA